AAAGAUACACAAUUACACAUUGACGAAUAUGGACUACGAAAACUAUGACCCUUUUUUCCUGACCAGCCUAUGGUCGAUCAGUGCUUGCCUAUAUGGGCUAAGCUGCCUGCCUUCAGGUACAAGCCAGGGUUCAUGUGGGUCGAAGAUGUCGCCACCAAGGGUUUGACUAUCACUUCGACUCUCACCUAUGCCCAGCUCAAUGAUUCAGUGCAGUCCAUUUCUUCAAAGCUGCUCGUUCCAUUACAGAGAGCUGGUCUUUUGAGCGUGAUGGUAUUCCCACCUGACACUUCUCUCGGUAAUGAAAAUUAUCACCACCUCGUUAGAGUUCUCACACAGACAAAACCCAGAGCUGCCAUUGCCUACCAUGGUUACAUCUCAAGCGUUAAACAGUACAUUUCUUCAUCCUCUAAGGACAAGAAGGUAGCGGAGUUGUUGGAAAACCUGAGGUGGAUUUCUACUGAAGAUAUCGAAAGAAAAAUGAGUACAGGGGCAACUGGGAUUCCGAAACCAGUACUUGUGACCGCCGGAUCAGCUGCUCACAAUGUUAGAAUGGCGAGGAAGGCAUAUGAUCUGCAUCCAAACAGCAUAGUUGUGUCCUGGUUGCCUCAAUACCAUGGUUGUGGCCUUAUGUUCCUGCUGCUGAUGAUUGUCUCUGGUGCAACAUGUGUCCUAACGUCCCCUGGUGCUUCGUUGCCCGUCCUAGGAGACAGAGGAAUCAUCAAAGGAGAAGAAAGAUUUCUCUUCAUAACAGGCCGAUGUUCAGACAUCAUCAAGCUUUCAAACAAUCAAGAAAUACACCCUCAUUACAUAGAGGCAACAGCUUACAACAGUUGUCCUCAGUUUCUCCGAGGAGCUUGUCUUGCUGGAUUCAUGACUUCUACAACCAUCGUUCUUGUGGCAGAGAUGCAAAGAACAGGUGAAGUGGACAAAAUUGUGUUGAGAAACGCAUGUGAAAGAAUAAGACAAGCUGUUCUGGAUGAAGAAAAGGUUGAACUAGGAUUGGUUGUUCUUGUAAGAAGUGGAAGUGUUCCCAAAACUACUUCAGGGAAAGUGCAGAGAUGGGCUGCUAAGCUUAAGUUUGUCCAAGGUAGAAUGAGUGCUGUAAUGGAGAUGAGAUUCAAGGAAAGAUGUAACCUGUAGUCGUUUGGGGCCAAAAUCUAUGGAAGUAUAGGAAAAGGGAAUGGAGGAGAUGGAAGAAAAGGGAUAGCUGAUGGGGCAGGAUAGGUGUUCUUUUCCCUCUCAAAGUGAUCAAGUAGAUGUCCUCCUCCUCUGUCGCUGUUGUGAGAAAAAGAUAGGCAUCAAAAAUCCAAAUAGCUCGUGUGGGACUAAAUAUGGUUUGGAGAAAACAAUGGUUGUUUAGAUUCUGUAGCAGCCUUUUACUCUUCUAGUUAGAAAGAAUAAAGAACAGUUAAUGUG